AUGGUUUUAAAUGAAGAAAGAGCAAAAUCAGUGACUCCUGAAAAAUAACAAGAGUCCACGCCUCAUUUGAGUUCUAUUUUACGAUCUAGAAUUAAAAAGAAUGAAGAGAAUUCUAAUUCUUUAAUCAACAAUGAUGAAUAAUUAAAUAAUAAUUAAAUUAAGUCUAUAGAACUAAAGUAUAAAAUAAAACUACAAGAAUAGGAGAAUACAAUUAAUUUAUUGAAAUAACAUAUCGAAAAUAUUGAGAACAAACAUAAAGAAAAUAUAUCAAAGAUGAGGGACUAAAUGAUUAAAGUGUAAGAUGAAAUGUUCAAAAAGUAGGAAGAAUAAAUACAUGAAAUAAACAAAUUGAGAAAAUCUUAUGAUGAUAAAAUAGCUCAAUAUGUCUCUUAAAUAGACAGUGAAACUCAAUUUAAUAAUUCGCUUUAAUCAAAAUUGGAUGAAUUAAGAAAUGUUCAUUAAAUUAAAUAACAAGAAGCAUAGUAAACAAUCUCUCAAUUAAGGGCUGAAAUUGAAAGGAGAAAGUUUACAGAAGAGCAAAUUUUAAUAGAUUCUGAAAGUCAACAGAUUAAACUGAAAAAAGAAUUCUAGUAAGAAUUUGAAAGAAGCAUUACAAUAAUGAAAAAUGAUUGUGCUAUAUAAAUUGAAGAGUUAAAGUAAAUAUUAGGAGGAAGAAGCGAAUAAAUUUAAUCCUUACAAUUGUAAAUUUAAUAAUUACAAAAUACAUCAAAGGAAAUUGAAUCUGUAUGGUCAAAGAGACUCCAGCAAGAAUAGUAAUGUUAGGAUGAGUUAAAAGUAAAGUACUCACAUUGUAAGGAUGAUUGUGAAGCUUUGAAAAAGGAAAUAAAGAAUCUCCAAAAAGAAAUAGAUAUAUAUUAAAAGGAGAAUGAGUUGUUUCAGAAAGAAAAAAUGUCAUUAACUAAAUAAUUGAAUCAAUAAACGGAGAAAAAAGAGAAAAUGGAUCGAUUCAUAUAUGGAUCUAAGAAAUCACAAACAAAAAUCAAAAUCUGA